AUGUCCGAGAGGCCACAAUCAUCUAACCAAGCCGACGAAAUCACACCCGAAAUCCGAGAGAACGGCCAGUCAAGCCAAGAAAUGUCCAAGGAAAAGGUGCUCCUGGCACCAGAGGAGGGUGGUAACUCAAAGAAGGGUAGGAGCCUGCUGCAUGUGCCGUCUCGGUCUUCCUCGCAGCGCAAUCAAUCCUCUCCCACGUCAACGGGGCUGAGCGGAGCAACAGUCAGCGACUCGAGAAACAGCAUCGGUGGACGCUCCAAGGAGUCCAAGGGUAGCAUUCUGGGACGGCAUCGAAAUGGCAGUGUCGGAAGCCAUCGAUCCGGCAUCGAAACCGAACCGACCAACACCCCCGGCAACACCCAGCCGAACUCUCCCGUGAACCCCCCGCAGAAAAAGAAGAAGGGCGGGCUCUUUGCGCUACUUGGGUGUUGCGGCGUCCCCGACAACGCCAACGCAAUUGAGAACGGUGACGACGCCGUCCACAAGCUCGACAAGCUGCCUGCGAGGCCGACCACUGCCAAGUCCCGACAGCCGACCCCACAGGAGCAACAGCAGCCGUCAUCGUCCAACAAACCCCAAAUCCAGGAAAAACAACCUCAGCCCGAGCAGCCAAUGACCGUAACCGAGGCAAAAGGCAAGCGUGUCUCCGGCGCAACCACAGCUGACGAUACUAUCGUUGGCGGUGAUGCUGGAGAUUCCAAGCACGCCGCUGCUACCACCAGCCCUGUCACCACUAGCGCUGCCACUGGUAGUGCUGCCGCGCCGGCCAUCACCGUUGAAUCCACCACCGGCCAGAAGAUCGAGGAGACACCAAUCCCGGAGAAGGGCGGUAAGGACGCGGAGGGAGACGAGACAAUGCCGGAUGCGACGCCAGAACCUGAAGACAGGCAGCAAAUCCCGCCGCCGGUGGAAGAUGCGCCGACGAGUCAACAACUGCCGCCGCCUCCGCCUGGACCAGUCCCGAAUGCCUCCGCACCCAUCGAUACCGCCUCCGAACCCGAGCAGAAGUUCCUGCUGCCCCCAAUCGCGCCCGAGUUCAAGGGCAAAAAGUGUCUUGUUCUCGACCUGGACGAGACGCUGAUUCUUCACCAAGCCGAUUUCACCAUCCCCGUAGAAAUCGAGGGGAAUUAUCAUAAUGUGUAUGUUAUCAAGCGACCGGGCGUCGAUCAGUUCAUGAAGCGCGUGGGUGAGCUUUAUGAAGUGGUAGUGUUCACCGCGUCCGUAUCCAAGUAUGGAGAUCCCCUGCUGGAUCAACUCGACAUCCACAAGGUCGUUCACCACAGACUCUUCCGCGAGAGUUGCUACAACCAUCAAGGGAACUACGUCAAGGAUCUUUCCCAGGUGGGGAGAGAUUUGAAGGACACCAUCAUCAUCGACAACUCUCCCACUUCGUACAUUUUCCACCCCCAGCACGCCGUUCCCAUCAGUAGUUGGUUCUCGGACGCGCACGACAACGAGCUGCUGGACUUGAUUCCCGUUCUAGAAGACCUCGCAAAGUCGGAUGUCCAGGACGUCAGCCUGGUCCUCGAUGUUACACUUUGA